AUGGCGGCACCUAAGAGCAAGAAGGCCGGGAAAAAAAAUGCCGGUAAAAAGAAGUCCUCUGCGGUGGUGGUCAGUCGGCCAACAGAGAUGACCAAGGAAGAGAUGGAGGAGCUAAUUGUUCAUCUCGGUGAGGAGGUGAAGAGAGUGCAGGAUGAGAAGAAGCUCUUCAGGCUGGAGAGUGAGAAGAACCAGACAGUCUGGGAAACUUGCAGGAGGCACAUGGAGAAGGUGAAGGAUGUGCUGAGGCAAAGACACCGGGAGAGAGAGGAGUUUCAGCUGCGCCACCGAGUGGAGAUCAGUCUUUUCAAGGAGAAGAUGAAGCACGUCCUGUCUGAGCACCACAACACCAUCUCCGGGCUGAAGUUGGCCACCGCCGCCUCCGCAUCACUGACACAGAACCAGCACGCCGAGUCAGAGCUGGCGGUGCGGAGCGAAACAAUGCAGGCGGACGCCAGAGAGAAGACGCUUCGCAACAAAAAGUUCAUCGAGGAACUCAAACUGAAACACCAGGUCGAACUGUUGGAGAAGACAGACAACUAUGACCGGAGAAACAGAGAACUGGAGGUGAAAUUUAACGAGAAGAUGGAGGCGGCCAUCGAGGUCGAGGAAACGAAGCGGAAGUCUGAGGUCAAUGAGCUUGACGAUAGGAUGGCCGCUCGAGUUAUCGAGCUGACAGAGGAUCACGGCCGUGCUCUCAAAGUAGCUCAAGAGUAUUACUCCAGCAUUCAGAACAAAGUGCUGGCGGACGAGAAGGUGCUGAAGGAGGAGGCAGCAGAGGCGCUGAAGCAGCUGACAAGAGUUGACAAGCACCUUUCAGUUGCUCAGCGAGAAAACAAGCAUCUGCGGGAGUCUCUGCACGAAGCCCAGCAGGAGCUGCCCGAGCUGCGUGCUCAGCUGCAAGAAUACAACCAGACCAAGGCCAAGAUGGUGAAGUCCGGUGCUCGGGCAAAGAUCGCAGAGAAGGAGCUGUGGGAUCUAAAUAUCGAGCACGAGCUGCUGCGGCAGGCGUUGGAAAAGGUUAAGGAGGAGUGCGACGAGUUGCAGAGGAAGCAAAAGGAGAUCAAGUUGGCGCUGCAGCAGAAGAGCGGCCUGGAGCACCUGCGGCUGGAGAUGAGGCUCGCUGCUCUGACGGAAACUGUGGAGAAGACAGAGGGUCAGCUCCGCGCCGCGCUCUCCACAGCGGCCGCCACGGACACCGACAAAAGCAGCGCCGCCAACAUGCUUAAGGAAACGUUGGAGUCAAAGCAGGAGACCAUUGCUGAGUUAGAGGAGGACCUGGCUCAAGGGCACAAGGAGUACAAGCAGCUGCUGCAGAUCUCCACCAGCCGACUCAGGGCUCUGGGCGUCCCUCUGCACGACUUCCCCUUCAGGCCCGCGAAGCAGACACUCAACAAAUCGUACGCAAGAGAAAAAAAAACUGCACGUAGUUAAGAGCGUCACGUUUUAGGUAACGAGUUACGUAAAUGCCUAAAAUACAUGUUUUUCUUUAAAUCUUUGUUGGAUGGCAAUUGCUGUACUCUUCAAGUACCGUAGGAAUGUUAUAUAUCUAAUUUAGCUGCAUUGUGCAUUUAAUGUAGAAAGCGUGAGCUAGCUGCAAAAAAUAAGAUUUCAAAUCCAUUUUCAGUCACAUGAUGCAACUUUGACCAAUUAGAUUUUUUAUUUCCCUAUAUCCACAUUUUCAACUUUCAAAUGCACAGUAGAAGCUUUCUUAGAGUUAGUUUUUCUCUUUUGUUAGCACGGGCCUGAUACCUGCAGAUUUUAUGACUAGUCUGUUUUAUAUGGUAAAGCUCUUUGCAAUGUGAAUUUCUUACAGUUGUCUUACACAUAAAGUUUUAUUAUCAAACAGAAGCUAUCCAGUUAGAUCUGUAUUGCACAAACCUCAAAUGAUAAGCAGAAUAUCUGUGUGAUGCAGCUGAUUAUAAUACAAAUAAAAUCUAUUAGCAAAGAAUUGGCCAGCUGUACCUCCAUGUCCAUUUCUAGAACAGAUGUUACAGAAGUUAUGGUGAUUAUGUACAAAGGUUCACAUUUACCUCUGAAUAUAUAUAUACAAUACAGUUUAAAUUUGACUUAAUGUUUUUUUUCCAGCAGAUGAUUCUAGUCUAUGGUAUAAACUGACCUUUGAACUCUAGAGACAAGAACAAAUAAAAGCGUGUAUAAGCGAACACAUAUUUAAAUCUUUUAACUGCAUACAUUAAUCUCUGGUACCGGUUAUCACACUAUCAUUAUAUGACAUGAGUAGAAAGAUGAAAUCUACCUCUGAUCACAUUAACCAAGUCAAAUCAGUCUGAUUGUACUGUCAGGCUUGGCCUUUGCCUUGUGAGACGACAAGCAGCACAUUACUCCCUCAGCGACAUGGUGAUCCACCACAAAAGGCCUCAUGUACAAACUUGGAUUUCAAGCCUUCGUUUUGUGAAUAAGGAUCAAUGGAAAUUGUUCUUCAACAUUCCACUGCUGGAGUGAUUAUGACCUCUGGCAGGGACUGUGACUCCACAUGGCUUGUCUGCGUGAGUGAGGCCAUGACCCAAGCCCGCACCACCAUGUCUGCCUGGGGAGAAGAAGAUGUCCGUAACAACGAGGAUGAGGAGAGGUGCUGCUUUCUGAGCAGGAUCAGAUGAGGGUUUCUCAGCAAAGUGUGAAACAACAUCCAGCGCCUCCUGGCCUUACUGUUAACGGGGGUUUCUACAAAAAUAAAUUGGAAAUAAAAAAUAAUGAGGAAAGAAAUGCACAAAUAAAAAGAAUA